AGUCCGAAUGACGUUCGGCUCGUGUUCGGCUCUGCGAAGUCAUUGUAUGUAAACAAGGUCAAGUAUUCGCUGCAGCGUUCAUUCUCGUCUGACUCGCUGCACGACUUUCUCUGUGGAAGGAUCCAUUCUGCGGCACAGCACACCUCUUACAGUUCUUUCCUCUGGUGAAGGAUUUCUGUGAGCAGCAGCCACCAUGAUGCAGUGUCUUCAGUUUCUGGUCGAACCAACCAAGAAUGUUACGGAGAAGUUUAAGGAGUUUCGUACGAAGGUGAAAAAUGAGAAGAGAGAACCACUGGACGAGAGCCAGCUGUUCAUUGUCAACCUGGCCAAGGAUCUGGGACGCGUCUGUCAGAGGUCAGAGGUGUUGGAGAACAUCUCAAAGAGUGAGGACGUGUGGCCCACUCUCACCUGCAGGGCCUUCAUUCUGGAGUGGGCAUCGCUGCUCGAGAGCAAGAAAAGACCAAUGCUGACUGAUGGAUGGCCAGAGAGAAGUGACUGGAAGGAUCUGGCUCUGAGCAGUGAGCAGGAUGUGGAGAGCGGCAGGAGAGUCAUCCUCACCUGGACCAAAGACCUGAGGGCCCAACCUGAGCAAAGUGUGUGGCCUGGAGAGAAGGUGGUGGCGGCUUUGGAUGACUUUGAGAAUCAGUGGAAAAAAGGUCGGAUGGCCACCCUGCAGUCGGCCAUGGAGCUGGUGUUCUGGAUGCUAAUCAACAAAGAACUAGACAAGGAGAACAUUCCGCAAAAGUGGCUUAUGUGGAAACAGAGGAGCCAAAAAAUAGGUGCCACCCCAUAUAUUCCUCAUGUAGUGUGGGACUGGAUCAGUGAAGCAGGAGUGGAGGUGACCCUUGACCUGGACACGGCCAACCCUGACCUGCUGAUCUCCGAGGACGAGAAGCGCAUGCGCUGCGGUUUCGAGCGCAAAGACGCGCCCAACUAUCACCAGCGCUUCGACGGUUGGUGGUGUGCGGUGGGAACCGAAGGCUUCGCCUCUGGCCGCCAGUACUGGGAGGUGGAUGUGGGAGAAAUGGACUGGCGCAUCGGCGUGGCCAAAGAGUCUGCCUUGCGUAAGGGCUUCAAGUCCCUGAACACCAACACUGGAUACCUGACCCUGCGGCUGGAGCGCGGCACGGAGCUAAAGGCCCUCACCGUCCCGUUCACCGCCCUGCCGGCCGCCUUGAUUCCUCGAAAGGUCGGCGUCUACCUAGACUACGACCAGGGCCAGCUGUCCUUCUACGACGCGGAGAACCACUCCCACAUCUACACCUACAAUGAGACAUUUGACGAAAAGCUCUUCCCGCUCUUCGGAACGGUGGAGAUCGUGAAAGACCUGGUGAUCCGAUCCCCCGGGAACAGGAGCUACUGCCUGUGUCCCGGCGUUUGCCUGUGGGGUUGAGACCCAACCGAAUCCAACCGGAGCCCAGUGCUUAAUCUCUAGACCAGUGGUUCUCAACUGGACCUCAAUAUGUUGCCAUUUGUACAGAUAGGGUCACAGGGUCACAAAUGCAAGUAUUUUGCAAAGUAUUUUUACCCAUAGGGAUUUUGUGAAGUGAUUUAAGUCAUGAACCAAACCAACCUGCCAAACUCUGCUUAGAAAGGACUACAAUCCCAUGAAGCAUUGUGAAUGACAAAUUAAUAACAAUAUUUUAGUAGUUUGAGAGCAUUUUUGAGCUAUUAUUGUCAUUCGCAAUGCUUCAUGGUAGUCGGUGGCUGCUAAAGAAUUAUUUUGGCAUGAUUUGCUUGUUUGAGGUCCCUGAUUGGUGGAGAUUUCUCUGUAGAAUCAUGGGUAAUGUUGUUUUUCACUGGGUGAGAAGCAAUCAAACCUCAAACGACAAUUUAAAAAAACACUCAAGCUUAGAAAACUAUUUUCUUCUUCAGCCAAUACCAUUCAAGCGAGCAAAACUACAUUCUGAGAACAUUUUGCUAACUUCUCAUCAAGCUAUGAAAAUGUUCUCCGAAACGAACGGCUAUAUGAAGGUUAGAGAAAACAUUAAGGGGACAUUCCAUUUUAUCAUUUUGCAAACAUUAUGAGAAUGUCACUUUUAAAUGUUCUCAAAACAUUCUGAAACUAUAUGUAGCACCAAUUAGAUGAACAUCCAGUGUUUCAGAAAAAAACAUAAUCUAUACAUAAUGUUUUGCUUGCUAAUGUUUUGAGAACAGAUGACUUUAAACGAACAUUCUAUUAAUGUUACUGGAACUUUUGAGAGAAUGCUUCCAUGACCUUGUUCAAAGUUCCGAGAACAUUUCCUGUUUGCUGGUAUGUUAAUAAUUCCCCAAAAUUUUGAGCCUUAGCAGUUUAUAGUAAGAUUAAGAUGUUUGCGUAUUUGAUGCUAAGGACUAGUGUUUGGCAAUAAAGAAAUGUGUUGGGUCACUUGAUGUAAAAUGUGGGUCUUGAAGCAAAACCAGUUGAGAACCAGUGUUCUAGACCUCAUUAGUAUUAGAUAAACCACUGGGCCACAUUAGUUGGUCAGUUCGUAGUGAUUGCCAGCGAUCCAUAGCAUUCACGACCAGUAAAUCCACCAAGGUAGUGUAGGAUCUCUUUCAGCUACUGCUUCUGUGGUCCUUCUGCACCUGCUGCUGUCUGCACCUUAUUAUAAUACUGUGUACGCCUGCUCUGUCUGCACUUUCAUAUUCAUUUGAAACAACUCAAAUCAUGACAUGAAAUGCACUUUAUGUGAAUAAUAAAUCAAAGUAAGUUCAA